GAGACAGAACAGAACAUUCCCGUUGACCAGAACAUUCAUCACUCUCUCUCUCUCUCUCUCUCUCUCUCUCUCUCUCAUACACGCAUUGUCCCGGCGAGAUGGGCGCCUCUCAAGAACACAUAGUGAUGCUACCAUUCAUGGCCCACGGCCACCUCAUCCCUUUCCUAGCACUUGCUCGACAAAUCCUCCGUAUGACCAACUUCACCAUCACUAUAGCCACCACCCCUCUCAACACUGCAUACCUCCGCUCAGCCGCGGCCUCCGACCCGACUCUCUCCUCCGCGGCCUCCGAAUCCUGCCGCCUCCGCCUAGCCGCCCUCCCCUUCAACAGCUCCGACCACGACUUACCACCCAACACCGAGAACCCCGAGUCCCUCACUCCGAACCAAGUCAUCACCCUCUUCCACUCCGCCGCAGCCCUUGAAUCCCCCUCCCACCGCCUUGUCGCCGACAUUGUCGCCGAAGAAGGCCGGCCCCCCAUCUGCAUAAUCUCCGACGUCUUCCACGGCUGGGCAACACGGGUCGCCGAGAAGAUCGAAACGGUCAACGUCAGCUUCACCACCUGCGGUGCUUUUGGCACCGCCGCCUACAUGUCGCUGUGGCAAAACCUCCCUCAUAAGUCCACAGACUCCGAUGAAUUCCCCGUGCCGGGUUUUCCCGAUUCGUGUCGUUUCCAUCGCACCAUGCUUAACCAAUUCGUUAGAGCAGCUGAUGGAACCGAUCCGUGGUCGAGAUUUUUAAAACCACAGUUGGCCCUUUCCUUGGGAUCGUUCGCGUGGCUCUGUAACACAACAGAGCAAAUCGAAGUACUGGGUUUGGAAGUUCUAAGGAAAUAUACCGGAAUUCCCGUUUGGAGUAUUGGUCCUCUUCUCCCUCCAGCUAUGCUUAAUUCCAAUUCAUCUACUACAUUGACUCUACACAGUGGGAGAGAAUCAGGGAUUUCAACUCAGAACUGUAUCGAAUGGCUUGACUCCAAACCGAACAACUCUGUAAUUUACAUUUCAUUUGGAUCACAGAACACAAUUGGUUCAUCCCAAAUGAUGGAGUUAGCCAAAGGUUUAGAACAAAGCGGGAAGCCAUUCAUUUGGGUGAUAAGGCCUCCACUGGGGUUCGACCCGAAAGGGGAAUUCAAAUCCAAAUGGUUACCCGAAGGAUUCGAAGGCCGAAUUUCAGAUAGUAAACAGGGUUUGUUGGUGAGGAAAUGGGCGCCUCAACUGGAGAUUCUGCGACACAAAUCAACGGCGGCGUUUGUGAGCCACUGCGGGUGGAAUUCGGCGUUGGAGGGGAUGAGCCAGGGGGUGCCGAUAAUAGGGUGGCCGUUGGUGUCGGAACAGGCGUACAAUGCGAAGAUGAUGGUGGAGGAGUUGGGGGUUUGUGUGGAGCUGGCGAGGGGACUGGGAAGUGUCGUUACGGCAGAGGAGGUGAGGAGGGUGGUUGAGUUGGUGACGGAGGAGGGAGGGGAGAUGAAGAGGAAGGCGGUCGAAAUCGGUGAGAGAAUGAAGGCAGCGGUGAGAGAGGAGGAAGGGAGGAAGGGGUCUUCUGUGAAAGCAAUGGAGGAUUUUGUUUGUGCGAUCCUCUCCGCCGCUGGUGAGAGGCGGAGGAGAGCAGUUGGGGUGGUGCAUGGUUAAUUGAGAUUAUAACAAAGCAGUUAAAUUUCUUCUGAUUAUCCCAUGCAUAUAUAUGCACCUUGCAUAUACUUUUAAUUAAUUUCCGGCCUACCCGUGUGUUUUAUUAAUUUCCAAUUGGAAUAACAGACUGUCCAUAUAUAUAUGCUUGUAUUUUCUCUUUGUACAGUAGUAUUAUUAUAAAAAAAAAUUGGUCUAGGUCCAUUAUAGAAAA